CUCUUUCCCUUCUCUCGCUCCCUCUCUCUUUUCCUUUUCUGCUCUCAUCCACUCAUUCGCGAGGGCUCGCUCACCAACUCCACACGAACAGGGAUGCAGCGAGCGCGCAGCGCAGCCUGAAAAAUGGCACUACUCUUCCUUUGGAUCUAUCCAUCCCUUUUGCUUUUCUCACUUUUUCUUUUUCACGAAUUCGCACCAUGUGAAGGCUUACGGAAUUACCCAGAGAAUGAAGUGACGUUGUUGGACUCCAUGUCUGCUCUGGGAAACCUAGGCUGGGAGGCCUACCCUGCCGAGGGGUGGGAGGAGAUCAGUGUGAUGGAUGAGAGGAACACUCCUAUGCGUACCUACCAGGUGUGCAACGUGAUGGAGGCCAGUCAGAACAACUGGCUGAGGACGCGGCACAUCGCCCGCGACGGGGCCCAGCGCGUCUACAUCGAGAUCAAGUUCACCCUCCGAGACUGUAACAGCCUGCCUGGAGUACCCGGCACCUGCAAAGAGACGUUCAACAUGUUCUACUAUGAAUCCAACAACGCCAACCUGUGGUUCAUCAAGGAGAGUCAGUACAUCAAGAUAGACACCAUUGCUGCUGACGAGAGCUUUACACAGGUGGAUGUGGGCGACCGUGUGAUGAAGCUCAACACAGAGGUGCGUGACAUCAGCAACCUAAGUAAGAAGGGGUUCUACCUGGCCUUCCAGGACCUGGGAGCCUGCAUCGCUCUGGUCUCUGUCCGUGUCUUCUACAAGAAGUGUCCCCUCACCGUGCUCAACCUGGCCCAGUUCCCUGACACCGUCACGGGGGGCGACUCGGCCCUGGUGGAGGUCAGAGGGCUGUGUGUGAACGCGUCAGAGGAGUUCGAGGCCCCCAGGAUGUACUGUAGCGCCGACGGGGGCUGGCUGGUGCCCAUCGGGAGGUGUGUGUGCAAGCCGGGGUACGAGGAGCAUAAGGACUUCUGCCAACUGAGUGUGGUCCUGAAGGAGAGGAGGAGUAAGGACAGUAUCACUCUGGCGUGGCAGGGCCCCGACAGACCCAACGGAGCCAUAGUGGAGUAUGAAGUCAUUUACUAUGAGAAGAACCAGAGAGAGCAGAACUACACAGUCCUAAAGACCAGGUCCAAUGUGAUGACCGUAGAUGGUCUGAAGCCUGGUACUACAUAUGUGUUCCGUGUCCGAGCUAGAACGGAAGGGGGAUACGGCAACUACGGAGGAGAGAUAGAACUGGAGACCAGCCACGAAGACAUGUUGGCCAUAGACCCCAACCAGUCUACUAUUCUGGCUGUGUCCAUCGCUGGAGGCAUCAUACUGCUGAUCUUUCUGGUUGCCUGCUUCGUCGUCAGUGGCAGGUAAGAGCAAUACACACCACACA